GUUAACUUAGCUUCUUUCAGUCUGCUUUCAUGUCAUGAUCACGUAUCAAAGCCGCGAAGAAACGUACAUCGGAAACGGCCGGGUUGAUCAAACCCUCCCUCUCUAAGGUGGCUGUGUGUUCCAAGCACUGAUGGUGUUUCAAACUUCAAAAACAGGAAUCAAGGACCGACACGAUGGGCACAUGCCUAAAUUGAGUACUCAUGGCUAUGUUCUCAGGCUCAGAUAAGAAAAGCUGUAUGGUGUGCGCGCGAAACGUGUUUCUUUGCCACUCGAACGAAAGCACCCUCGAUGGAACCUUCGGCUGAGGAUGUCCAAGUCUCAGCGGCCUGGAAUUUGCGUUACUUAGCAUGUGCAUGCCUUUACUUCACGAAGAGUGGACAUUCCUGCUUCAGUCACGCUGGACUAAGCUGAAAGCCCUUUAUAUCCUUGCACGAUAUAUCCCCUUCUUCUUCAUCGCCACGGACCUAUAUAUGGUCUUCACCCCGAUCGAGAACCCAGAUAAAUGCCGGAUGUUGAUCAAUAUUUACUCAUGUUUUGGAGUGAUAUCACUCACUUGCUCUGAAUGCUUUUUUGUGCUCAGAACAUAUGCGCUUUGGAACAAAAAUCGAAAUUUACUUGUAACGAUGACGUUCGCCCUUUUUUCUACCAUCAUAUUAUUCAUCGGUAUUUGGUUUACGAGUAUUGCUACCUCUGAUGUUACGACUAGCACGAUCCCAGGCAUUGUAGGCUGCUACCGAAGCUCGCGCAGUAUCUAUUUCUUCAUGCCGUUUCUUCUCUUGUUUAUGUUUGCACUGGGAUUGGCCUUCCUCACGCUCAUACGUGUCAUACAGAGCUGGCGGACAGCCAGGAGCCCUCUGCGUGCCAUCCUGGUGAAGCAUAAUAUGUUCUACUAUGCAUGUAGUUUAUUUCUCUCAGCCGCGAACGUCCUCAUACCAGUGCUGUUUUCCUAUGUUUCCGCAUAUUACUCCGUCCUCGAACAUUUGCAAGUCCUUGUCCUUGCGAUCCUAGCCACGCGCAUGCAUCUCAAACUUUGGCAUAGCGACCAGCACGUGCACGACUCUAAUGUCAUCUUAUAUAUUCCCAUGUCCAACAUGUCACCUACAGACUGUAUGGUAUAACGUCUUAUCAUGUGGCUUAUUUAACGUUGUUGGAUAAAGAAUUCGACGCAAGGAGAUAAACCGAGAUCUGAAUGGUAUGAUAGUGCUGGCAGCGCCGCGCCGUCACUUUCUCGUCCUUCAUAGACUCUAUCGGAAGUCUGUUUCAGCUCUCAGUCUGAACCGCCACCAUGAACUGCUAAACUUUUUCUUCAAUAUCACGUCGACCAGGGCAAGACUCGUGGUCAUUUAGACACUGCAAGCAAU